UGGAGCACAACAAAAAGCAGCUAAUCCUGAAGUAAUGAAGAAUAAAAACAAUCCUGAAGAAAGCAAAAACAAGAGAGUGGAUACUGUAUCAGAUGAUACCUCCAUUGAAACUGAAAACACACGCAACAGUGUUGCAAGUAACGAUGUAGAACACAUAGACAGUCCAGGAAAAAGAAAGAGAUUAUCCAGAGCAGAUGCCCGUUCAAGGGAAAACCUUUCUAAUCUAGAGGGAGUGGAAGAGAAGUUUCCUUUUGAUACAAAGCCAUACAUUCCUAUGAAACAAAUAACCAAUGAACUGAGUAACAGCCAGUCUUCACCAACCUUAAUUAACAAUAAGUCUUACUGUUCUGAUUUGUAACAAUUGCCUGCAUAAGAUUUAAAUGCAGCAGCCCCAGCACUUGGCUGAUGUGUAUCGGGUAUCCCAGGCAUUCAGAUGA